UUACGAAAUAGAUAUGAGUUUCUCGGAUAAAGUAGUUCUAGUGACGGGUGCGAGCUCCGGUAUCGGAGCAGCUGCCGCCAUCUUGUUUGCGAAGGAAGGCGCUCGAGUCGCCAUCGUCGGUCGAAAUGAAACCAAACUCGGCAACGUCGCACGGCAAUGCGCGGAAAAAGGAGAAACACCUCUUGUCAUCAAAGCAGAUAUCUCCAAAGAACAAGAAGCGAGCACUAUAGUCCAGCAAACUGUCGAUAAGUUUGGUAAAUUAGAUAUCCUCAUCAACAACGCUGGAUUUUCCAAACUAGGUUCGCUACUCGACGGAAAGAUUCUCGAAGCAUACGACGAUGUAAUGAAAACUAACGUCCGAGCUGCGAUCCAUCUCACAACCCUAGCAGCUCCUCAUUUAAUUAAAACAAAAGGAAACGUUAUCAACACGUCCAGUACUGGGUCUCUUCACGUCCCUCAAAUACCAACGCAUGCAACUUACUGCAUUUCUAAAGCAGCUUUGGAUCAUUUCACGCGCUGCGCGGCCUUAGAACUGGCACCUUCGGGCGUUAGAGUGAACAGCGUUAAUCCAGGACCAGUGAGAACAGAUAUUCUAGAAAAUUCUGGUGUACAAAACCCCGAUGCUGUGUGGGAGACAUUCAAAAUCGGUACAGCCCUGAAUAGAAUUGGAGAGCCUGAUGAAAUAGCUGAACUCAUGUUGUUUUUGGCCAGUGACAAGGCGAGGAGCAUUACUGGGUCUAUUUAUGUGUCUGACAACGGAUAUUUGCUAAAAAAUUAG